AUGAGCUCGAUAGAAGAAUUUCUAUUUUCAUCAACAACAAUCGACAAUAAUAUACCGUCACCAUCACGGUGCUGUAUUAAUUCGACUGCUCCAUCUGACUUUAUUGAUGAUUUGCUUAAAGAUCCUAAUAAUGUCGAUCUAUCACAAUUCGAUCCUAGUGUAUUCGAUUCUUUUUCGGAUGAACUAAUUAAAGGUUUCGAAGAAGCACAAUCAAAUGUUUCUAAUGAAGAAUUACCUGAAUGGCUUGAACAAGCGAUAUUCUCGUUGGAUGAGCACUCAGAAAAUAUUGGAUGUCAAAUUACAGAAGCGCCUGAGGAAGAUUCUGCUAUAGUCGUAACAUUGGAUGUGCCUUCUAACUCGAAUUCCAUCAGUAAUACCCAAUCAUUACGAUUAAUCACGCAACCAGAUCCAUACCAACGUGCUCGGUAUGAAGACGAACUUGACGAAGAUCUUCGUUUCAUUUCAACGCCGACCAACAAGGGCAUUGAGCUUGAAAUGCCCGAUCUUCGAAGUCGUAUACCAGCGAAUAUGUCGCUUAUGAUGCGUGUAUCUCGUACUACAAUUCCAUUUGAUUCUGAUCAAACUAUAUGCUGUCAUCCAUAUCCAUUAUAUACAAAAAAUGAGCAUGCAAUAGCUCAUCAUGGUUCUAUACUAUUUCCUGUAACAGAUAAAAACAUGGAAGAACAAUUAAUUAGAAUCGAAGAUCUUAUCAUCCAACGAAUAAAACAACCUACACUGAAGACAAUCAAACAAUGGCCGAUCUAUACAUCCAAUCAACUUGAUUGUAAUGGUUUUCAUUCUAUCAACAUCGACAAAGCGAAAGCGAUCAUUAGCACCUAUAAUCUUCGUUAUUCUGUCUUACAUUUUCAAAUAUUUUUGGUCGAUGAAAAUCAGAUGGCUUAUGCAACCGAUUUAUUAUGUGAAACAACACCAAUUUAUGAAUACGAACAUAAAGAACGUGAGAAUCUUCCAGCACCGUUCGGAGGUAAACGAAAAUGUCAAACUAAACGUUCACAACAGAAAUCGACCACGGCUCAAGAGGAACCUGCAGAAAAGACACCAAAACAAAUCAAAAUCAAAAGGCUGAAGGGCCUUAUCCGCUCAACCAACACUGAAGUUUAA